UUUUCUCUCGCCCGUUGCAGGACAUGAACAAGCUCGGCUGCGGAGGGAAGAAGACGCGAGUGGAAGGGGGGCAGCUCGGCGGCGACGAGUGGACUCGCCACGGCAGCUUUGUCAACAAGCCUAGCCGCGGCUGGCUGCACCCAGACGACAGGGUGAUGGGAUCGGGGGUGUCCUACCUCGUCAGAUACAUGGGCUGCGUGGAGGUACUCCAGUCUAUGAGAGCGCUAGACUUCAACACCAGAACCCAGGUCACAAGGGAAGCGAUAGGCGUGGUCUGUGAAGCUGUGCCAGGAGCUAAGGGAGCAGUCAGGAGGAGGAAGCCCUGCAGCCGGUCCCUGUCCGCCAUCCUGGGGAAGAGCAACCUGCAGUUCGCUGGGCUGCCCAUCACCCUGACCAUCUCCACCAGCAGCCUCAACCUCAUGGCGCCUGACUGCAAGCAGAUAAUUGCUAACCACCACAUGCAGUCCAUAUCCUUUGCCUCAGGAGGGGACCCAGAUACUGUUGAGUAUGUCGCUUAUGUUGCCAAAGAUCCUGUGAAUCAAAGAGCCUGCCACAUCCUCGAGUGCUCAGAUGGUCUGGCACAGGACGUAAUCAGCACCAUUGGACAGGCCUUCGAGCUGCGCUUCAAACAGUACCUGAAGAACCCGCCCAAACUCGUGACCCCGCAUGACAGGAUGGCAGGAUUUGAUGCCUCGGCAUGGGACGAGGAGGAGGAUGAGCAAGCAGACCACCAGUACUACAACGACUUCCCGGGCAAGGAGCCCCCUCUUGGUGGGCUGGUGGAUAUCAGGCAGCGGGAAGGGGUGGCGGCCCCCAGGAGUUCAGCUGCGUCAUCUCAACUGCCCAAUCACAUGGGAGCCACGUUGCCUGUCGGCCAGACAUCUGGGAAUCUCUACGACAUUCGCUCCUCUGACGCUCAAAAGCAUCCAUCCACGGUACAAGGUGCCGUCCCGAACAGGUUUACACAGCCUGGGAAGAGCAGCAGCCGUUCUGACCUGUUCGACGACCCAUCGUACGUCAAUGUGCAGAGCCUGGAGAAAGGGAAGCCCCAGCCCGGGGCCACUCAUGCCAACGGCAGCACCCAGAAGGACAUCUUCGACAUGAGUGAGUGUCCCGAGCCGUUCGAGGAUGCGCUGAGGUCUCCCCACCAGCUGCCUCUUGCCAGCAGCCCUCCCACGCACAUCACAGCCUCCAUGGAGGAACAGCUGCUGAAGGAGGUCUGGUACCAAGGCAAGAUGAACCGCAAGGAGGCUGAGAAGCUGCUACGGUCCAACGGCGACUUCCUGGUGCGCGAGAGCACCACCACCCCCGGCCAGUACGUGCUGACCGGGCUACAGAACGGUCAACCCAAGCACCUGUUGCUCGUCGACCCAGAGGGCGUGGUGCGGACCAAGGACCACAGGUUUGAGAGUGUGAGCCACCUGAUCAGCUACCACAUGGACAACCAGCUGCCUAUCCUGUCGGCGGGGAGUGAGGUGUGUCUGCAGCAGCCUGUGGAGCGCAGACUCUAGUCCCGUGAGCGUGGCCCGCCAUCACCGCACAGCAGGUCUCUUGCUUCAGUCUGGAUGGAAGUGCUGCUAUUUGUUGAAAAGCUUUCCUUCGGAUGGACGGAUAGAUGCUGGAUUUUGCAAAGGUCGUCACACCAACUGGGGGCGGCCAGGAAAUACCUGACAUCCAUGGUCACAUAGUAACCCUCUGGCUCACGGGAGGCUCCGCAUUCCUAUCCCUGGAAAACUGUGGUUCCUUUCCAGAAACUUUGCACCUUUACGUGGGAGGUUAUACAUCUGCUCCAAUACUCCUCUUCCCCUCCUCCAUCCUCCCUCUUGCCCACCCUCUGCCUCCUCCUCUUCCCUCUCCUCAUUCCUCCUUCCUCUUCCUUCCUCUUCUACUCUCCCUCUCUUCUUCACUUCUCCAUCUUUUUCCCUCCUUACCUCUUUCUCUCUCCCUCCCUUUAUCUGUCUCUCCCCUUUAUCUCCCUCCCUCCCUCUUUCUCUCUCUCCCUCCCAUCUCUCUCCCAACUUUUCUCUCACUUUUUCCCUUCCUUCCCCCCUCACUUUACCUUUCCCCCUCCUAUUCCCUUUUCUCCCAUUUCUCUCACUCUCUCCCUUUCUCUCCCCACAUUUUCUAGCUCCUCUUUUCUCCCUCCCUAUCUUUCUCUCUCCCCCUUCCUCUCUCCAUUUCUCUUCACUACCCAUCCCCCCUCUCUGUCGCACAUCCCUACCACUGCACAAUCAGGUUUCUUCUCUCUGGAUGACAGUGAGGGAGGGGGAAGGUUGAUGUGAGAGGGAGGGACAAACUCCGCACCUCCCCUCCUGUUGCACUGUGUGGGGGGGCUAGAAUACUUCACCUGGCCAGAGGUGCUGGACUCUGCUGGAUAAAGGUACAAAAAUGCAUUGACGAACAGCCAGGACUGGGGGAAGAGGGUGAAGCAAACGGUCCCAAUCACCGUCCUGGUGUAAAGCUGAGGGGUGGCGACCCCUUUUAGCAAAGCCUCUAGCAUUUAAAUACUCCUGUGGCUUGGGACUGUGAGUGCCUGGGGAUGAGUGUAGGUAAAAUGGGGAGUAUGGGAUGUUGGGGUUCAGCUACCAGACCGGGUACAUGGAUGAAUUUCGGGUGGUGGCGGCCUUCUGUCCACAAUCCAUUCAGUAGCCUGAGCUCCUGCCCCACCUGCACACACGCAAGCGCCCACCUGCUUGCACCUUCCUAGUGAAGCAGUGGGUGGAGAGAGCAGUAAGCCUUCCAGCCUGGGCUGAAGCUGGCUGCCUCUUCCAUCCGUGUCGUCCCCUCCCCACCCGGAGUCUCUCCCUUGCCUUUAGUGAGAAGCCAAACGCAACAGGGGUUGGAAGCUUGCCAUGCACUCGCAGGUGGGGGUGCGUGUUUGGGAUCUACUCUUGUGCAGGGGGUUGGUAAGAUCUUCCUUUGCCUGAAGAGGUUGGGGUUCAGGGUUGAGAUCGUCCCGUGCACAGGGAGUCAGGGGGAUCUCCUAUGCAUGGGGGGGGCAGACUCAGUACAGAUCUUCCUAUGUACAGGGACAGGAUGGUGAGGUUUAGUGAGGAGCCAAACACAACGCUCACACAGUGUGGACUCUAGAAGAAGUGAGAUGUAACAGGAGGACCCCAGUUACAUCGUCAAAGCCCCUACCACCCACCCCUCUCCCCAGUUACACACACGGUCUAAACCCCCACCACCCCCUCUCUCCCCAGUUACCUGUCUAAACCCCCACCACCCCUCUCUCCCAACUGUGCUUUAAGCUCUCCUUAUCCAGCUCCCAACUCCAAAGCUUUGAGUCAGGGUCAAGAAGAUUGCCUGAAGACAAUCCAAACGGAGCAGUUUUCCCCUCCCCCGCUCUCCUGCCACCCCUCACCCAUGUGCCUGCCCCCCUACAGCUGCUCACCCUCCAGGCUCCUUGCCUCUGCUCUGUAAUAUCAUGGCUGUUCUACCUCAAUCCCCACCUGAUCUCUUAAUGUGCAUACAUCCCUCAAUCUCGGGCUGAAAAGACCCUGAACAAUGGAGCACCGGGUUAGUUAGCUAGUUAGGUCCAUCUCCUCUAUGGGGCAUAGGCUGCUGCAAGCAGCCACAGCUCUCUGUUCUGGACCAGUCCUCUCAAGCGGUACCCUGAUGUAACCCGUCUUCAAAGAUAUGUCUUCUUGCCAGAAUGAGCUUCUUGGAGCUUCUGUUGGUGUUUCUAUAACUCUAGGUUUUUACUGGAUGGGGUUGCUAGCCCUAAGCCCGACCCCCCUCCUCCUUUUGCAGCUGGGCUUGGGACAGUCUACGGCAGAGUUAUGGAGCAUCGGGGGAGUGGAGAAUUCCCAAAGAUCCCUGUCCCUGUGAACAGCUGUGCCUCUCAGUUUCUAACAGGGUUCCUCAUCCUUCGCUUGCUGUCCACCCUCUUCAAAAGAAAAUGACAACUUUAUAACUUAAGAAGAGUUAGUAGGCAGUUCCUGCUUCCCUCUCCAAGGUCAAGGGCAGCAGGCUUGUACUUUAGAGCAGUUUCAUUUUCAAAGCAACGUGAAUAUUUCUCCCAGGAGAUUGGUACUCAGGAAACCAAAAAGCUUGUGCAGGAACCAAGCACAUGUUCUGUGAGUCCCUGGCAUCAGGAGGCAGCAAGCUCACCACAACGUGACUGCAGAAAUCCACCGGUAACUUCAUUUACCCAAUCUCCAAAGGUUAUUGGAAAGUAGCAAUGGGCAGAGCCCUGGGAAAAGGCUCAGUCUUAAAAGGGUGUGGGGUAUGAAGUGAAGGCAAAUCUGCCCAAGGUGACGCUGGAUUAAGGUACCACUCUGUGUCACUGAUGUGAUGUUUUUAAAAGUCAUUUAGUGCAAUAUUUUGAAGUAGGGCCACUGUAAAGGGAUCCUACUCAAGUAUCUAACCUCUGCUGUCCCUGUGUGUGAUGGGAUAGUGUAGAGGGAACUUCACUCUGUGUCUGAACCCAGGAGUGUGUGAUGGGACGGCGUAGAGGGAGUUUCAUUCUGUGUCUGACCCCGGGAGUGUGUGAUGGGACUGUGUGGAGGGAGUUUCACUCUGUGUCUGACCCCGGGAGUGUGUGAUGGAACGGUGUGGAGGGAGUUUCACUCUGUGUCUGACCCCAGGAGUGUGUGGUGUGACGGUGUAGAGGGAGCUUCACUCUGUGUCUGACCCCAGGAGUGUGUGAUGGGACAGUGUGGAGGGAGUUUCACUCUGUGUCUGACCCCAGGAGUGUGUGAUGGGACGGUGUGGAGGGAGUUUCACUCUGUGUCUGACCCCGGGAGUGUGUGAUGGGACAGUGUGGAGGGAGUUUCACUCUGUGUCUGACCCCAGGAGUGAUGGGAGUCACUCAGGAUAAAAACAAUAGGGGACAGUCCUUCUUAGUCUAAAGCUCUUACUUUGCCUGAAGUUUCUGCAGAGUGAAACAAGAGAGAGAGAGAGGGGGGGGGGGGGGAAGAGUUUCAACCGUCUAGAUGAAGGGUCUCAACCUGAAAUGUCAACUGUCCCUUUCCCUCCACAGAUGCUGCCUCACCCGCUGAGUUUUUCCAGCAUUUUGUGUGUUUCUCUGAAAGAAGCGAGUUAGUUCAGGGAGUAAGUGUGAUGUAUGGGGGGGGGGGGGGGGGGGUGGGGAGAUCAGUGAAAGCUGAUGCUAAUUAAGAAGAACUGUUGCUUCUGAGUCCACUGCCAUUUUGCUCGUGUGAUUAGCUUGUAGAUUGUGUGCAUUACCUGAUGGUUAACCUUUAGAAAUUGCUGCCACUGACCACCCAGUGAGGGUGAUCAUGGGACAAAAAUGGAGGGGUCUGGGGGGUGGUUUUAAGGUUGAAGUGACUCCAGACCUUCUAUCAGGGUCGGGGAUGGAACUCAGAGGCCCUUCCUCUGCCCAUGCUUAUUCUGGCACUGAUUAGAAGCACAGGCCACCGAAGAGGCCCCACCCUCAAGAUACAGAGUUUACUCAGUCAGCUGCAGAAGAACCGUGCCUUUUGCCACUUGUGGCCUGAAUGUUUAUGCAAAGUACUUUAUCCAAUCAUUUGUCUAAAGAGCCUUGUAAAUAAUGUAUUUUCCUCACCAUCUCCUAUUCCUAUAUCUGCAUGUACAUUAUCUGGUAUUCUGAAGCCAAAGUGAGAUUACCACAUAUUCCUGAUUACACCUCAUUUUAUGGACUUCAUUGGAUUGAGAUCCAAAUAUGCAUUGUACACCAAAAUUUGUGGAAGAGUUUUUAAACAAAUAUUUUAUUGGG